AUGUUCAUCUUUAACUGGUUCUGGGACGUUCUGGCCAACUUUGGUCUUGUCAACAAGAACGCCAAGCUGCUGUUCCUCGGUCUCGACAACGCUGGAAAGACCACGCUGCUUCACAUGCUGAAGAACGACCGCCUGGCGACGCUCACACCCACCCUGCAUCCCACCUCGGAGGAGCUGUCGAUUGGCAACGUCAAGUUCACAACCUUCGAUCUGGGUGGACACAGGCAGGCGCGCCGGCUGUGGAGAGAGUACUUCCCUGAGGUCAGCGGAAUCGUGUUCUUGGUCGAUGCCGUCGACCGCGAGAGGUUCCAGGAGGCCAAGGCUGAGCUCGACGCCCUGCUGGCGAUCGAGCAGCUGCAGAACACCCCGUUCCUGAUCCUCGGCAACAAGAUUGACUCGCGCGGCGCCGUCUCCGAGGAGGAGCUCCGGGCCCAGCUCGGCCUGUACCAGACUACUGGCAAGGGCAAGGUUCCCCUCAAGGACAUCCGCCCGAUCGAGGUCUUCAUGUGCAGCAUUGUAAUGCGCCAGGGCUACGGCGACGGCUUCCGCUGGCUGUCGCAGUACGUCUAA